CUCAGAGUCAACUUCAAGCGAACAGUGGGAUUAUCUUUCCUUCGUAGUUCGUCAUUCGUCAAUCGUUCGGCAUUCGUUCGUUGGUGUACAUCGACUUCUCAGUUGUCGACGCACAAUGUUAAACUUUUAUUAUUAGAUAAAUAUGUGAUCCGUGACAUAAAAGUCUGAUGUUAUGUUUGAAAUAUGGUUUAGAUUACCGUGAAGUUACAUAAACACCUAGUUUUAAUAUUAGGAUAGUUUCAUUAUGAAGUGAUUAUCGACCUCAUUCGACUGUUUAUGUUUAGUAAACGGGUAAAGGUUUAACAAAGUUUGUUUUGCAAACAGACAGUUUACCCGCAAUCUAAAGUCUCCGUGAACAAGCUCAGUGUUGUGGUAAUAAAUCAGUUAUGAUCGUGAUAUGAGAUGGUAACAAUGGGCGAAAUGUGCAAAGUAGUGUUGUGUCUUUGUAUGGCGGUGUUGAGCUGGGGCGGUGCGGCUGCGGAGAUCGGGCAUAAUAUGAACAACAUCUCGCGCAGCAUGCUCGAGGAGGUGACCGACGUGAUGGAUAUGGUGGAGGUGAUAUACUCGGAGCCAGUGAUUACCCCCAAGUACGUUUCCGACUUGCAAUUCGAUAUGCGCGCUAUGGGCCCCCUCUACAACUCGACACACAUCAUCAUCGACGCCAUCGCUGACAAGCAGGCUUAUCCCGAAGGCAUAGUGACGGUGUCGGACUUCCACGUGUACGUGGCGCCGCUGAAGGAGGAGUGGCGGCCGUUGCUGGCGCACUACGCGGGCCCCGUCGCCGUCGUCGUCGUCGCCGCGCUGCUCAUCGUCGUGCUGCCGCUGUCCGGGCUGUUCUGGUGCUGCUGCUACUGGUGCCGCGUGGGCCGGCGCCGGCGACCCUUCGACCGCAAGUACGACGCCUGCCUCAAAGGACUGCUCGCCAUCAUACUCAUCGCCUUGCUCACUCUCUUCUUGUUCGGCGUGGUGUGUGCGUUCGCGACGGAGUCGCAGGUGGAGUCGGGCGCGGCCGAGCUGUCGCAGUCGCUGGAGGCCGGCAUCAACGACACCAAGGAGUUCCUCAACGCCACGCAGGCGCACGCGCGCUGGCUGCUCGUCAACAACUUCGACGAACUCAAAGUCAAACUCAACUCUAUGCUUUACGGUAUAGGCGUGACGGCGUCGGUGAAGCUGGGCGAGUUUUCGCGCGCGGUGUCGGUGACGACGCUGAACAAGAUGGUGCAGCAGCUGGACGAGGUGCAGGCCAACCUGCGCACCGUGCAUGUACUCACCGCACAGCUGCGCCUCAAGGCGGACCAUCUCAACACAGGCCUUCGCAAGGUGAAGAACCAGUUGCUGCAGACUCUGGCCAAGUGUGACCAGCCGAAGUGCCGCGCCCUGCAGGACAAGUACAAGAUCGGGCAGCUCGACACCGAGAUACAGUACAGCCAGAUGCCGGACGUGACGGAGUUGCUGGGCAACGUGACCGCCCUGCUGGACAGCGACAUCAAGGGUGACGUUGCGGCCGGCCAGCAGGUCUUCAGCGACAUCCAGCGCGGCAUACAGCGCUCCGUCGACAAGCACGUGCCCGAGGUGGCCGAGGGCAUCGACGCGCUCGGCCGCCAGCUGAGCGCCGUCGCCGACGACAUCUCGUGGCUGGCCGGCAACGCCAGCUUGCGCCUCGAAGCCGCGCGCGGCCCCGCCGCCGCGCCCGCGCGCGCCCACCAGCGCUGGGGCCCCUACCGCCGCGCCGUCGGCCUCGCCACCGCCGCCUCGCUGCUGCUGGUGAGUGCAGACCGCGUCCCGCCACGCCCCUCCCCCUCCCCCUCCCCGUACUACAGCUGGGCUGCCCGCAGAUCACGUGCCUGCUGGCGUGGGGCCUGCUGUGCGGCGUGUGCGGCAAGCGGCCCGACGUGUACGGCGCCAGCGACUGCUGCAACAAGGGCCACGGCUCCCGCAGCCUGCUCUGGUACUGUCUCUCUCUAUCCGACGUUUCUUUACACGUGUGCAGCCACAACUUGUAACGUUACUCGUUCCCGCAGCGGUAUGGGCGCCAUGUUCGUGCUGGGCAGCGGCGUGACGAUGGUGCUGCUGGUGUACUUCGUGCUGGGGCUGGCCGCGCAGCGCUUCGUCUGCGAUCCGCUCACGGAACCGCGCGACAACCGCGUGUUCUCGGACCUGGAGCAGCUGGUAGACCUGGAGGGCACGCUGUUUGGGCAGCACCAGGACCCGGACUUCAACAUGACGUACGCACUCGUGCGCUGCCACAAGAACUACACCAUCUACGAGGCGCUGCAGCUGCAGCGAGUGGUGAACGUGUCGGACACGCGCGAGUCGGCGCGCGCGGCGCUGGCGGCGCGACUGGCGCGCCUGCGGCCGCUGCUGCCGCGCGCCGCGCCCGUCACCAUCCUGCGCGCGCCCGCAAGGGACAAGCUGCGCCGUCUGGCCGACACCGGCCUCUCCGACUUCGACUUCGAGCGCAUCCUGGCCGCGCUGGAGACCAACAUGACGUCGCUGGCGCUGGACUCGCUGGCGCGCCAGCUCAACUCCACGGCGCGCAGCCUGCAGCAGCCGCUGUUCCAGGCGGAGGCCGCGUCGCUGCUGCGCGCCUCCGCCGCGCUGUCCGACCUGCUGCACGACGUGCUCGAGCCCAUGCUGCAGGACUCCGCGCAGCUCAAUAUCACAGCGACGAAGUUACGUGAUGGGUUGAGAUUCAACCACUCGUCACUGAAGGACGCCAUCACGUACCUGAUGCACGAGACUAGCGAGGCCGAGGUGUUCCUGAACACGCAGGGCCCCGCCCGGCUCGAGAACAUGACGGCGGAGCUGGGCGAGGCCAUCGCGCGCAAGCUGGAGCAGUACGCGGCGCGGCUGGAGGCGGGCGCGCGGCGCGGCGUGGGGCGCUGCGGGCCGCUGUCGCGCGCCUACAACGCCACGCGGGACGCGGCCUGCCGCAAGCUGCUGCAGCCGGCGCACGGCUACUGGCUGGCGCUGGCCUGGGCGCUGCUGCUGCUGCCGCCGCUGCUGGCCGUCGCGCAGCGUCUCGCGCGCCUCUACCGCAACCUCGACGCCUACCCCGGCCCGCUCGUCGAGGCCGAGUAUUUGUAUGACGCGUACGCGGACCGCGAUAACGUACCCCUUGCCAAGGUGGCAGGAUCUCUGUUGGUAUCCGACACACUGGUGGAUGUGCCCUUGGUAUGUGUGGAAGUGGAGGAUGGUACCGGGCACGGGUCCAAGCGCAGCACGCUGGACAUCGAGGGCAAGAUCGCAGAGUGGCGCGAGAGGAGCGCGCCCUCCGCCCCGCCCGAGCCGGGGCCCGGGGGCGCCGGGGGCGCGGGGGGCGCGGGGGGCGCACCCACGCGCCUCUUGCUGGCGGGGGACGACGUGGUGUGCCAGUUGCUGGCGCCCCCCGCGGCGCUGCUGGACGACCUGAAGACGCGGCUGGACGCCAAGGACGAGGACAACGAGUCCGGCAUACACGAGUCCGACGCAUACAAGGCAGAGAAGCGAAGCGGGCGCGAGCCGCGAGACGGGCGCGAGGCCCGCGAGUCGCGCGAGUCGCGCGAGCCGAGGGACGCGCGCGCCGCGCGGGCCCGCGCCGCAGCGCCGCUGGACGCGCGCGCGCCCCGCGCUGACGCCGCCCUGGCGCCGCCUCUCGACGCAUACCACGCGCGCAGAUAUAAUGAUAUGGCGCCAAAGCACUGGGAAGAGGGACCUCCCCGCUACCUCGGCUCUACUGAGUACGAGCGACCCCCACCAUACUACUAUCCCGGACCACAUCCGUCUACGCUGCAGUCUGCUGUAGGAGAGAGCAGCAACGGGAACUUGAACUCUGAACAAGUUUCCACUUCCAGUAGCUCGCCUCCGAGGAGAUGGGCCGAGUACCUCGGCCAAAGUGCGCCCCAGUUCGAGCCCAUAAAGUUGAGCAAUGAGGAGCAGAGAUCGGCCGGCGAGGGCCCCGCCUGGAGCUGGACGCAGUACUUGAACAAUAGCGAUAGACAGUAAACUGGCGCUCACAGAGCUUGACGAUGAUCUGCUGAAGUAUUGAGGUGCCCCCCCCCCACCCCUGCUGUGAGCUGUGCCGUGUUGCAGUGGCGGACAAUGUACAAGGUCUUCUUCAGACACUAGAUAACAUUUUGUAGUUAUAAGCAAAAGAUAUACAGUAAUGUUGCAAUCUAUAGUACCCACAUUCUACAUAGAUUAUUAAUAAUACCGCCGCCAACGAAAUGUUUAACUUACACUUAACCGUCGGCUACAUAUACAUGUGCCGACGACGGGGCGACGCCUGCAGAGGUAUCUUGUUGAAGACAUAGAGUAGGACUUGUGACGUACAAGUAGGCUGCAGUACUGCAAGCACUAGGGACGUGGUCCAUGCUGUUACUACGUCGGCUCAACUUGAUGGCGGCGGAAGCGAUCUCAUGGUCGUGUUGGCUUUAAAUCAUUUACAAAAUUAUUAUUCUUUAUGUAUUGUUGAACGCGGAUCACACGACCGCACAAAAUGUAUUUGAGUUGAAAUCUAAGAGAUUCAGUUUUAAGUUAGAUUUUAUGUAAUACUAUUUAAUAUAUAAUGUGUAGUAAAUAAGUUGUCAUGUUUCUUCGUUGGUUUACUGUACUUCAAGUGACGUGCGUGAUACAAUGAAGUUCUUGUGAAUACGACAGACAUGUAUAGUAGAAGUAGGAGGCGGCGCGAGCUCGUCUUGCAUUUAUAUUUGAUAUAGUAUUAGUGUUAGCGUCGCGCGGCCUCUACUCGAUACUCACUCCUCCCGGCCGCGCGCCGCGCCAAUAUUUGUAUCGUAAGGGCGCCAAAGUCUGGUUAUGACUUCGUUGAUGUAUCUCUGCUAGAUUGUAUUUACGAACAUUUUUCCUAUUCACUUUUGUAAGCUCGGUGAUUUGGCGAUUGCCGCGCCAUUGUACACUCAGUUCGUAAUGUGAUGCUAGCGUAAUGUCUAUUGUCCUAGUGUAAUUUUGUGAUUAUUCGACAUUUAUUAUAUUUUAUUGAUAAACUUUGUAUUGGAGACGUUGAAGUAGUCGAUUUGUUUAUACUUAUUGUGUCAUAUCGUAAGUAAGUGCCGUGUAGUGUAUGUCCCGGUGUGAGAGGAUGUCAAACGAAGGGAUCAUUGGUUAUACGUCAACUCCCGCUCACUUUAUUGUAGAUGACUUCCUUUUGGAAACAAACUUGAGUAUAUACAAGUGUUAAGUUGUGCCGCUGCUCAAACUAGUGCCGAGUAACCGCGAGAUGUUUAUUUAGCCAUUUUAUAUUGAUUUAUUGAGUCUCGGCGUACUGGAUAGUCCUAGUGAAUGUUAAGUUAAGCUAGAUGUAAUGUAAUUCCAAUGUAAUCUUUAAACAAGUAAGGUAGUGCAACCAAAAAGUAAGGUUUUGUAAGGAAGCGCCGCAGUGAGCGAUGGCUGUGCGAGGGAAGCGACUGAGACGACCGAUGCGACUGCAUCAAGGAAUGUAACGACGAAUGUAAAGUAAACAUUUAACUAUCCUCA